GCGGCGGGGGAGGCAGGAAAGUUGGGCGGCCGCCGGGAAGUUUGGGAGCAUGGCGGAGCGGCCCGGGGCGCCCGGCCCCCGGCAGCGCGGCGGGGCGGCGGCGGGCGAGCGGCCGCGCUGAGCCCAGCCGCGCCGCGGGGAAGCGGCCGCCCGCCGGCAUGGCCCGCUGGAUCCCCACCAAGCGGGAGAAGUACGGGGUCGCAAUCUACAAUUACGAUGCUGUCCAAGAUGUGGAGCUCUCCUUGCAAGUUGGUGAUACUGUUCACAUUUUGGAGAUGUAUGAAGGCUGGUACCGAGGAUACACACUCCGAAAUAAAUCUAAGAAGGGCAUUUUCCCAGAAACAUAUAUCCAUUUAAAAGAGGCAAUCGUGAAGGACCGAGGACAACAUGAAACAGUGAUUCCAAGUGAAUUGCCCCUUGGACAAGAACUCACUUCUACCCUGAGGGAGUGGGCAGUUAUCUGGCACAAGUUAUAUGUGGAUAACAAGACAACACAGUUUCGGCAUGUCCAACAAAUGACUUACAGCUUGAUAGAGUGGCGGUCACAGAUCCUGUCUGGGACCCUUCCCAAAGACGAGCUAGCCGAGCUCAAGAAGAAAGUCACUGCUAAGAUUGACUAUGGCAACAGGAUCCUAGGUUUGGACCUGGUUGUACGAGAUGACAAUGGGAAUAUCUUGGACCCAGAUGAAACCAGUACAAUCUCUCUCUUCAAGUCCCAUGAAACUGCAUCCAAAAGGAUUGAUGAAAGGAUCCAGGAAGAGAAGUCCCUGCAGCAGAAUUUGGACCUCCGAGGGCAGCCAGUAUUCAACACAACACAUACAUAUAGCCUGUAUGUAAACUUCAAGAAUUUUGUCUGCAAUAUUGGAGAAGAUGCAGAACUGUUAAUGAGCCUCUAUGAUCCUGAUCUCUCCAAAUUCAUCAGUGAAAAUUACCUGGUUCGUUGGGGCAGUAAUGGGAUGCCUAAAGAAAUUGAGAAACUAAAUAACCUCCAAGCAGUGUUUACCGAUUUAAGCAGUUCUGACUUGAUCAGACCAAAAAUCAGCUUGGUAUGUCAGAUUGUGAGAGUGGGGCAUAUGGAGCUGAAAGAUGGGAAGAAACAUACCUGUGGACUCCGGAGGCCCUUUGGUGUGGCAGUGAUGGACAUAACUGAUAUCAUACAUGGAAAGGUGGACGAUGAGGAAAAGCAACAUUUUAUUCCAUUUCAGCAGAUUGCCAUGGAAACGUACAUCAGACAGCGACAGCUAAUCAUGUCCCCACUGAUAACUUCCCAUGUGAUCGGAGAAAAUGAGCCCCUCACUUCUGUCUUCAACAAAGUCAUCGCCGCGAAGGAAGUGAAUCAUAAAGGGCAAGGUCUUUGGGUCUCUCUGAAACUGCUUCCUGGCGAUCUAGCACAGGUUCAAAAGGAUUUUUCCCACCUUGUAGAUAGAUCAACUGCUGUGGCUCGCAAAAUGGGAUUCCCUGAGAUAAUCCUUCCAGGUGAUGUUCGAAAUGAUAUCUAUGUCACCCUGAUACAAGGGGAGUUUGACAAAGGGAAGAAGAAGACUCCCAAGAAUGUGGAAGUCACCAUGUCUGUACAUGAUGAAGAUGGAAACCUCCAAGAGAAAGCUAUCCAUCCUGGUGCCGGUUACGAAGGUGUCUCCGAAUAUAAGUCUGUUGUUUAUUAUCAAGUCAAGCAACCUUGCUGGUAUGAAACUGUAAAGGUGUCCAUUGCAAUAGAAGAAGUCAGUCGUUGCCAUUUAAGAUUCACUUUCCGUCAUCGGUCAUCACAGGAGUCUAGGGAUAAGUCUGAGAGAGCUUUUGGUAUGGGCUUUGUGAAGUUGAUGAACGCCGAUGGAACAACGCUGCAAGAUGGCAAACACAAUUUGAUUGUUUACAAGGGUGAUAACAAGAAAAUGGAAGAUGCUAAAUGCUAUUUAACUCUUCCUUGCACCAAAACGGAGGUGGAGGAGAAGGAGACCCCCUCGGGGAAAAACCUGCACCAUCUAGCCAACUUCACACCCACUAAGGAUAGUACAAAAGACAGCUUCCAGAUUGCCACUUUGAUCUGCUCCACCAAACUGACACAGAACGUUGACCUGCUGGGUUUGUUGAACUGGCGUUCUAACUCCCAGAACAUAGCUCACAACCUAAGGAAGCUAAUGGAGGUGGAAGGAGGAGAAAUUGUAAAGUUUUUGCAAGACACCCUUGAUGCGCUUUUCAACAUAAUGAUGGAAAUGUCAGAAAAUGAAACCUAUGACUUCCUUGUGUUUGAUGCACUGGUAUUUAUUAUUUCUUUGAUCGGAGACAUCAAGUUCCAGCAUUUCAACCCUGUACUUGAAACUUACAUUUACAAGCACUUCAGUGCAACCCUGGCCUAUGUGAAACUCACCAAAGUACUAAACUGUUACGUGGGAAAUGCUGACGACUCCAGCAAGACCGAAUUGCUGUUUGCCGCUCUGAAAGCCUUGAAGUACCUAUUCCGAUUCAUUGUUCAGUCACGAAUAUUGUACCUGAGGUUUUAUGGGAAAAGUGAAGAUGGGGAUGAAUUUAAUGAUGCAAUACGCAAGCUGUUCCUCUCCUUCAAUGUCCUCAUGGACCGGCCUUUAGAGGAGGCUGUCAAGAUUAAGGGUGCAGCUUUAAAGUAUUUGCCAAGCAUCAUAAAUGAUGUCAAACUAGUAUUUGACCCUGUUGAGCUCAGUGUCCUCUUCAGCAAGUUUAUCCAAAGUAUUCCCGACAACCAGUUAGUUCGACAGAAGCUGAACUGCAUGACCAAGAUAGUCGAGAGCGAUCUGUUCAAACAGGCAGAAUGCAGAGAUGCUCUUCUGCCACUACUAAUAGAUCAGCUAAGUGGCCAGUUGGAUGACAAUUCUAACAAGCCUGACCAUGAGGCCUGCUCCCAGCUACUUAGCAAUGUUCUUGAAGUCCUGGAUCGGAAAGAUGUGGGGCCCACUGCUGUCCACAUCCAGCUGAUCAUGGAACGCCUGCUACGGAGAAUAAACCGCACAGUGAUUGGAAUGAGCAGACAGUCUCCACACAUUGGUAUUUUUGUGGCCUGCAUGACAGCCAUCCUGAGGCAGAUGGAUGAUUUCCAUUACAACCAUUACAUCAAUACUUUCAAAACCAGGCAGGACAUUAUUGACUUCUUGAUGGAAACAUUCAUUAUGUUUAAGGAUCUGAUUGGAAAAAAUGUCUAUGCCGCCGACUGGAUGGUCAUGAAUAUGAUGCAGAGCAGGGUUUUCCUCCGGGCAGUGAACCAAUUUACCUCUGUACUUAACCGUUUCUUUCUGGACCAAGCAAAUUUUGAACUCCAGCUCUGGAAUAACUAUUUCCAUUUGGCAGUGGCCUUUCUCACUCAUGAAUCCCUCCAGCUGGAGACUUUCUCGCAAGCCAAACGCAACAAAAUUAUCAAGAAGUAUGGGGACAUGAGGAAGGAAAUCGGCUUCAAAAUAAGGGAUAUGUGGUACAACCUGGGUCCCCACAAAAUCAAAUUCAUUCCAGCAAUGGUAGGCCCAAUCCUGGAGGUAACCCUGGUCCCAGAGCCUGAGCUACGGAAAGCUACCAUUCCCAUCUUCUUCGAUAUGAUGCAGUGCGAGUUUAACUUCAGUGGGAACAGGAACUUCCAUAUGUUUGAAAAUGAGCUGAUAACCAAGCUGGACCAGGAAGUGGAAGGUGGCCGAGGGGAUGAACAGUACAAGAUUUUGCUGGAAAAACUCCUCCUGGAGCACUGCCGGAAGCACAAGUAUCUGGCUACUUCUGGAGAAGUGUUUGCCUUGCUGGUCAGCAGCCUGCUGGAGAACCUGCUGGACUACAGGACAAUCAUGCAUGAUGAAAGCAAGGAGAACCGCAUGAGCUGCACUGUCAACGUGCUGAAUUUUUAUAAGGAGAAGAAACGAGAGGACAUUUAUAUCAGGUACCUUUACAAACUCCGGGACCUGCACACAGACUGUGAGAACUUCACAGAGGCAGCAUACACUCUCCUCCUCCACGCAGAGCUGCUCCAGUGGUCCGAGAAGCCGUGCGUCCCUCACCUCCUGCAGAGGGACAGCUACUACGUCUACUCGCAGCAAGAACUCAAGGAAAAACUCUACCAAGAAAUCAUCUCCUUCUUUGACAGGGGCAAAAUGUGGGAAAAAGCCAUUCAACUAAGUAAAGAGUUGGCUGACAUGUAUGAAAACAAGGUCUUUGAUUAUGAGGGACUUGGUAAUCUCCUGAAAAAGCGAGCUACUUUUUAUGAGAAUAUUAUGAAGGCAAUGAGACCUCAACCAGAGUACUUUGCUGUUGGAUACUAUGGUCAGGGUUUCCCCUCUUUCCUCCGGAAUAAAAUUUUUAUCUAUCGUGGCAAAGAGUAUGAACGACGAGAGGACUUCAACCUGAAGCUAUUGACCCAGUUCCCUAGCGCUGAGAAGAUGACCAGUACUGCCCCUCCAGGAGAAGAGAUCAAGUCUUCUCCUAAACAGUAUGUGCAGUGCUUUAUUGUGAAGCCUGUGAUGAACCUGCCACCUAAUUAUAAAGAUAAACCUGUUCCUGAACAGAUCUUAAACUACUACAGAGCAAACGAGGUGCAGCAGUUCACGCACUCCCGACCAGUCAGGAAAGGAGAAAAAGAUCCAGACAACGAGUUUGCUAAUAUGUGGAUAGAAAGGACGAUGUACACGACAGCGUAUUCGUUUCCAGGCAUCCUCAAGUGGUUUGAAGUUAAACAGAUUACAACGGAAGAGGUCAGCCCUUUGGAGAACGCCAUCGAAACAAUGGAGCUCACCAACGAGAAAAUCAGCAACAUCGUCCAGCAGCAUGUCUGGGACCGGAGUCUUCCUGUGCAUCCUCUCUCUAUGCUCCUGAAUGGGAUCGUGGACCCAGCGGUCAUGGGGGGAUAUACCAACUAUGAAAAGGCCUUCUUCACAGAGAAGUAUCUUCAAGAACAUCCUGAAGAUCAAGAUAAAAUUGAACUGCUUAAGCAACUAAUUGCUCUACAGAUGCCGUUGUUGGCAGAAGGGAUUAGGAUCCAUGGUGAGAAGCUGACAGAACAACUGAAGCCUCUCCAUGACAGACUGACAGCCUGUUUCAAAGAGCUGAAGAAGAAGGUGGAGAAGCAGUACGGUGUGAUAACUUUGCCUCCCUCCCUCACCGAAAGGAAACAGAGCAGGUCAGGCUCUGUUGUGCUGCCCUACAUCAUGUCUUCCACACUGAGACGGCUCUCUGUCACAUCUGUGGCAUCUUCUGUGGUCUCUACAUCUUCCACGUCAUCUGAUAGCACUUCUUCCAGACCAGGUUCAGAUGGAUCUAUUCUGGAGCCUCUCUUGGAGAGAAGAAUAUCAGCAGGACCCAGAGCUGAAGAUUUGCCCAUGAAGGAUGAUGGUGAUAACCGGAUUAGCAAACUGAAGCGGAAGGAGUGGAGUAUUAGCAAGUCUCAGGUUAUUGUAGAGAAGGAGCCAGAAACGGAGCUGACUUCCAAAAUGGGCAUGUCAGGAAAAGCACAAAGGCCAAAGAGUCUUCAGCUGGGAGACAACAGACUGACUUUGCUUCAGGGUUCCUCACUCCAGCAGCCAACGCCUCGCAGCCCGCCACCCAUCACUCCCAAAACCCCGAGAACCCAAAGUUUUCCCUCAUUGCAAGCUGAUGGAUUGGCAACUUCUAGCUUACCGAGCACCCCACCCCCACCUCCGCCCAAAAGCAAACCCUAUGAGAACAGCAACCCGAGGAAUUCUGUGGAGGUUGCUCCACCGCUACCCAGCAGACGUGAAGCCAAGCCUCCCCCGCCACCCCCAAAAACCAGAAAAUCGAGCGUUGUCUCUUCCGAGCAAGGUUUGCAGUGAGGACCGUCACUUGCUGGUGUAACAGCAAGCGCCUGCAGUGAAAUGGACGUUUUCUUUUUGCUGACGUGCUGGGGCUCUCUGACCUUACGGCUGGGUGAUCUCACUGCCAUUCCGUUCACUCCCCUUGGAGUUUUCUUUGGGAAAUACCAAAAGGAACUGUGCUGGUGACUGUAUUCCCUAACCUCUGGUUCAUCUUUCCAGUAUUGAGACACUAAUCGCAUUGCAGAAGUCACCCAACUGGAAUUCUUGUCUGUCUUUAGUCUUUGUCUCUCGUGAGGUUUUUUUUUCCACUGAUGCAGUUUUGGCAGCUCAUUCCUAGUGUAAACCUGGCACGGUAGCGAUGUGCACCAGUGUUUGAAACAAGCCACGCCAGUGUGAGAUGUGCCCUACAGUAUUUGCACAGAAGUUCGGUACAGCUUUACAGCUGUGCUUGUGCCCUGAUCCCUCCUGUCCCUGAAGCAUCGCCAAGCCCUGAGCUGCGUGAAGCGAAGCAGACCGCAGCCGUUCCGAAGUUGUGAGAUGUCAGGUGCCGGUGUAUGAUGAGCAGUCUCCUAAGAUUCUUGAUUGCAGGCAGAGACCUGAGCAUUGUUAGCAGAAUAAGAAGUCUUUUUUUUUUUUUUUUUCCUGCUAGUCAUCAUAUGUAUUUAAGAUGAAGGGCAGACGUUCUGCCUUACACCAUCACUGCUCGAGUCGUGGCAGUUGCUUGCUCCCAAUGGAGAGUUUAGGUUCACCAGUAUUUUGUCAUAAUUUCACUGUUGAUUCUGGUUUUAACACUACAGAGCAGUUGAUAUUCCUCCCUGCAUUAUGUUACCUGCUUGGUUUGCACUUGUAUCUGGGGCUUGGUACAAUAUUUCAUCUUUUUGCUUUUUAAUAGGGUGUAAAAAGUUGCUUCUCUCCUGGGAAUAUGUAGAAGAGUAGAAGCUGAAUUGGUACCAGCACCAUACUGGUACCAGCAAAUCUGAGAGGAUAGAGUGUGCAAAACUAAUUAUGCAUCCUGACCUCAGAAACAAAGUCUGAUAGUAACUAUAACCUUUACUUUGGCUGGGUGGAUUCACACAAAUAUAAAUAAUUCUCAUCCUCUUUUUUUUUAUUAUUUUUUUUGUUUGUUUUUUUACCCCUUUGUGGCAGUACUUGCACUUUGUUCCCUAGCCUCCUUUCACCUAGGUUUGUAACCACCAGUAGACUUCAAGGAGCAGUUUAGAUCUGGGAUGCAUGUGCAAAACUUGCUAAUUAACCUAAUUUCCUGUUGCUUGGAUUAGUCCAGCUUUCUGCAGCUUUUCUUCCCAUGGAGGAUGGGAUAAACUGUUUAAUUUUUCUUUUAAGUUGUUUAUUCCCUGCUCUGUCUAAGCAUCACUCUUUCUACUUGUAUAGAGAAAAAAUGACACGAUCUUAGGUUUUAAGGUUUUUAAAUUCACGUGAUCCGUGCAGGAAAAGGCUGUUGCCCACUGUUAGAAUAGCCUGUCCUCCUAGUUGCAUAGUGACCAAAAAAUUGACACAAAUUUUGUUAUAUUAGGACCAGAUGGGCCUUAGACACAGCAUUUCUCUGUGCCUGAGCUGCCACUGAAAUCUUCCAGGUUAAAAACCAGGACGUCACCAGUUGCGAUUAGUUCAUGGCAGAUGCAUCUUGCAGCUUUCAGGGCUGCGUGUCUCUGAGCUCUGUUAUCAGGGCUGCAGCCCUGGGGCGGGGGCUUACAGGGCACUUCUGUCCUGCUGAAACCAGAAACAAUUCAGUUAAAAAUUCGCUUGCAGUGCAUUUCUAUUCUGUUCUACUCUCAGAAGAUCUAGGUGACUCUGAAGAUCGCAGCUCUUUUUUUGCUGUGUGGAGCAGGAUUCUCUAAACUGCCUGUUUCGGAACUGAUGCCUUGUGAAGAACUUCACUUUUCUCGUCAAGCUAUUUAAUUGAAACUAUCUUUAUAUAUCUCUCCCCCGGACCCCUGUUGCAGCUGCCUGAUGGUGCCACAUUUCCCAGCAGCAGCAAAGCCAGUGAAGUUUGAGGUUUUCUUGAUUGGGAAGAAUUAAUUCUCUUGUCACAUUCAGGCAGAAUAUUUUGCCCUGCUAUUCUGCCUGUGUGGCUGCCUGUUUAUAAACACAGCAUUUGUGGGGGCUGUUAUUUUUUACUGAUGUUUUCCAGGAAAGGGAGAAACAUAACUUGUUGUUCUCUUUCACUGUGGAACUUGGGAAAUAUGGGAGUUUGCCUGCAAAGUUUAGAUUCAAACUUUUUGGAAAGUCCAAAGUUUCCUAAAACCUCAUCAUAAAGAGGGACCAGUGGAGGAAUUUGGAUCCAAGUUUCUGAACCUGCACAAAACUUUGGCUGUUUGCUUACAGGUUGCGGCCUCUUAAUUUAUCAUCAGUAUUGAUGAAGAUUCUGUCAUCAGUUCUCUCUUCCAGGAAAUAAUUUUGCUUGUUAACUGUAGCUCUCAUUUAGCUUCUGAUUAUCGGGUAGGAGAUGGGGACACCCACUAAAAGCGCUGCUGAGGACGUUGCUCACAGUAGUAGGUACGAAUACUGUUGGGUUGGGGGUUUUUUGCAGGCCACUGCACCAUUAUGCUGCUUGCAUGACUUAAAUGGGUUUCAUUACCUUACUGAAAAAUUGAAGGUCGUUAAACCUGAUGAAAGCUUUUCUCAGCAAAGCCUUUCUCAGGGAAAAAUAAAGCCAAUGAAACCCUAGGGUUGGUUUUUUUUGUUGUUGUUGAGACAGAAGUAGUCCUUUCUUUGGUGGUUCUGCAUUACGUUGGCUUCAGUGAAGGAAACCUGCAGAAGCUGUGGUGGCUUUGCUGCCUGCAGGGCUCCGUAAGAGACAGCUGUCACCCAGGGGUCACACAGAUUCUCAUCACAGAGAGGCCGGAGACGUGUUGGAAGUGGUGCCGCAGUUGUGCCGCAUGCACCCGCCGUCGUGUUUGCUGUAGCACAUGUACAACUGCCUCUGGGUCGUUGCCUUCUCAGGGGAAAUCUUGGAAACCUUUCUGGACACCCUGAGCAUGGUUCACCCCCUCUCCCUGGUGCACUGUCAGCUCCACCUUAUGUUCUUGGACAUAGAUGCUGCUUGACUUGAAAACCGCAGGGUUUUCUUGUCUUUCGUUUUUUGUCCGCUUCUUCCUCUUCUUGUAAACUCGGUCUGCCUUCUGCUGCACGUCAUGAACUGAAGGAUCCUCUGAAACUUCACUUGAACCAGAACUUUGUGGUGAGAAUUUUGCUUUAGGAAGAACAGCAGGACGUGAUCUCAAUUGUAGAAAAGCACAUCUGAACACCACCUGCUGUUAAUUCAGUGCCUGUCCCUACCCUACAUCAGCCUGUUACGUGGUCUAGGUACCUUUUCAGAGCAGGUUGGCUUUUAACUCCUUUGGUAGGUCAGCAGAAACAAAGGAGGCUGUAGCAAUCCCAGCUAAGGGGUUGUCGGUCCUGGGUAGACCACCUAGCUAUCAGGUUUGGGUAUUUUGGUUUCCAGUGACUUUUGAGUCUUAUUUCCCUGCCUUUUUUUCAUCUGCUUUAAUAACCUUUAACUCGUAGGUGUACCUUGUGCAUUCAGCAGUUGUUUUUUUCCUGGAGGACGGAACUGGUUCAUGCAGAAAAACCUCUCUAGAGGAAGUCUGACCUCAGGAAGAAUUUUUCAGCUGAUCUUUAAUGACUUGACGUAAUGCUCUGUAACUGGAGGGGUCUUGGUCCUGACUGCUGGGGUUUGCAGUUUUAUGGACUAGGUUUAUGAACAGAGUACCUAGCGUGGGAGUGAUUAAUUAUCCUCUCCCCUCCUUUCCUUCCUUGGAUCAUGCAGCUGCCAGUCAUUAGGAAUAAGGACAGUGUUUUUUCUCCUCUGUGCCGAUACCUGAGCCAGCGAGGUGCCCAAGUCACCUGGAGAGUCCCAGCAGCACCCCAGUGCCCCCAGAAGUCCAGGAAGCUUCAGUGCUUUGUGAUUUCAGCAGUGGCUUCAAGAGGCCUUUCAUUUCUAUUUUGAUCUUUGGCUUCUACUAUACUUUUUCUAUAGGGUUAGCUCCUUAAGAAGCAGGGGAGGUCCCUUCCCAUCUGCGCUGCCUCGCAGUUGCGCUGUCUCACCUGGCAGGUUCCUUCUCUGGCUUUGCUGUCCACGCAGUCCAGGCUUUUCUUCUGGCUGCCUUUGUGUUCUGGCCAGAUGGACACUUGUCCAAGUGUCAUCACCAUCCAAGGGGGCAUCACCCUUAGCUGGAGGGGAAGGAACAGCUGAUGCUGAAGGACAGAGUGAGCACAUUUCCCUUCCGGAGAGAUUAGGGGCUGAAAAUGCAAAUUUGCUGUGCCAGGAAGGGGUUUAAUGGUGAGAGGGUUUUUUUGGUUUGGUUUUUUUUUUUUUUGCUUUCUAAGCGUUAUUUGUAUUCUAGAGUCUGAAGUGCUGUAAAGUCUUCCUGCUUCUCCUUCUUGCCUUCCAGCAAACUCACUCACAAACAGGCGUUGGGUUUUCUUAAAUGUUUUGCUGGCUGUGGUAUGUCAAGAGUUACAUUCUCAGCGUAGUUUGCUUGGAGCUACAAGAUGGAAUUUCGGUCCUGUGCUUAAAUGGUUUAGGGCUUCGUGCCAGUUUUAGAAAAAAGCAUUGUCUUCUAAGUGUCAGAUUUUGAAAGGCAGUUGGGCAUUUAAGUGUGUGAAUAAGCAUGGGGCCUGACCAAUUUUAAUUAAGAGGAAUUAAGUGCCCACACUGAAGAGAAAUCCCACCAGACCCCUGAUUUAUUUAUUUUUUAACGGUUACCUACCUGCUCUUUGAUACGGUACCUGCCUGACUGAAGUUCUGAGACUGAAUUUUGAAAGCAAAUUUAAGGUCUCACUACUUAGUUUUCAAAAUGAGCAUCAUCUUUCCAUGUUAAUUGGAUGCUUUUGGAAAUGUCAUCUCAUGUCUUUUAAAUUGGAGGGCUAAAAACGGGAGCAGGGGACUCGUCCGUAAUGAUGUCAUCUCUGCACACCAGAAAUGAAAGCAAACAGCAGCAUUUCUAGCCGAUCCAUAGUUUUGAAUAAAACAAAUCUCAAAGUUAAAUAUCCCGUCUGCAGAGAAGACAAAAUCUAAUCCCAUUUCAUAGUCGUGCUGUUCAAAGCUAGUGUUAAAUUUCAUGUCUUAGAGGGCUGGUUUUUUUGUUGGGUUUUUUUUUUUGAUAAAUAUGCUCAACACUUGUUUUCUGGAGCUUUUAAUUAAAAUUUGUCAUGCUGGGAUAAAUUCCUUUAAAAAUGUUACAGGCUCUAAUCCACACCAGGGGAAGAGAGAAAGAGACAGCUUUCCAUUUCAGUGGAUUAUUGGAUUAGGAAAGGACACCAGUUCCAGUGAGAACAGCUCUGUGAUCUGCAGUGGCAGAAAAUCCUGUAAUGUAUAUGCAGUGGGGUUUGAGAACCUGCAUCUAAUAACCUUCACGCUGUGCAGCCCAGUGGAUGUUCCACAGAUUAACAGUGAGUUAGAUUUGUAGUGAUAACAGCCCAGAUUUUCUCUCCUUAUUUAUUUUUAUAAUUGUAAAUGCAAGUAAUAAGUUUAAGAUGUCUGUAAUUUAACUGUAAUCUUUUUUUAUAUAUAUAUAGUGAAAACAUUCCUGACCCAUUACUACCUUCUUUCAAUUUUUUUUUUUUGUCUCUUUUAAUUAAAACCUCUUAUCUUACAUUUACUGUUGCAGACCAAAUUAUCUAGUGGACCAGGAUGAGCUUUUCCUAGGACUACAUCAGAAAGAAAAAAGUAAACCAGUAAUGGGAUUUCAUUGCAUGGCAGGAGAGGGGCUUUUCAAAAGCAGGUGAGGUUCACCUAAUCUGCUCCUUUUAACAGUAAAGCACCUUUAGGGCACUAACAGAGAUCACACAAAGGAACACAGAGGAGCUUAACAAAAGGUGAAAAGCAUCUGUUUAUGCUGUAUUGGUCUGACGGUUCAGGUUUCAGGCUGUCAGAGAAAUCCCUGGAUGUGCAUGACUGCAUGCUUGGAACCUGUUUUUCACAUGCAUGGUCUGCAGGUUUUGUCUUUUUUUAAACAGAGGUGUAAGUCCUCAGCAGCUCUGAAAUUCAGCCCUAAUGUGCAUGGUAUUAAUUGAUGUCUGUUUUUUAUUGUCGGUAUUAUAAAGGUUUCAUGACGUGUUAAACCUUUGGGUAUGUUUGUCUUGAAUUCAGGAGAAUAUGGAUAUUGUGUAACGUGUUUUUGUGAAUGUGUUUUGAGAUCCUGGAUGUGAUCCUUUAGCUAAACUAAACACCCACCUCUGCGGACUGCAAAUACACACACACCCCCCCCCCCCCCCUUUCUUUAAUUGAAUCAGCAAAAGAUACAGCUUUUAAACUGGCUCUGAAGAACAGAGUAGGAGCUAAGCUUUGGAAAGGGAGUCUGCAUCUCUCUGGGUACAUGACACAUGAUUUACUAAGUCUGUAAAGCAAGGUGUAUAAAUUUUCAUGUUUUUUUUUAAAAUAUAUUAACUGUUGUAAAGUUUGUAAAUACCUUUUUAAAAUAAAUGUAGUUUUUAAUGCGUGAA